AUUCACACUUUCACAAUGUGUACUGUGUUUGUUAUCCUGCAUUUAGGGGUCAUUUCAGCACUAGUCCAAGCUCAACAUGUAUUCAAUGUUAUGAUAAAACGUUCUAAAACUGAGGAAUUUAAAAUGACAGCGUGCGCAGACGGUGAAGAAUACCUCUACGUAGAUUUAGACAAUCGAAAAGUAGUGAUAACAGCACCAGAAUUCGGCGAGGAAAUAGAGUGUCCUAUAUGUUCGCUCGCUGCAGAAAAUGGAAGAAUUUAUACAAAAGAACUUUCCAAUAUCUUCGGUUUAGAUACCCCAGAAGAUAAAGUUCCCCCUGAUGUCAUGCUGUAUCCCAAGGAAGAAGUGAAGCAGGGAGUAAACAACUCUCUUGUCUGUUUCGUCAAUAAUUUUUUUCCUCCACCUGUUCAAGUCAAAUGGACAAAGAAUGAUGUGAAUAUCACAAAGGAAGUGAAAUUGAGUCCGUAUUUCUUCAAUACUGACAUCACCUUCUACCAUUUUUCCACCCUGACCUUUGACCCAGAAGACGGGGACCUAUACACAUGUACUGUGGAGCAUCCAGCCCUGGAUGAACCUUUAACCAGGAAAUGGGUGCAGCCGUACGUACGUCUAAGUGUCGAGAAGCACCCCAGUGACAGACACCCCACCAUGCUGAAGUGCAGCGCCUACAAGUUCUACCCCAGAAAAAUCAGAGUGACCUGGUUGAGGGACGGACAGGAAGUGCCCAUGUCAUCUACUGAGGAGCUGGCGAAUGGUGACUGGUACUACCAGAUCCACUCCUACCUGGAGUUCACGCCCACACCAGGAGAGAAGAUCUCCUGCAUGGUGGAACACCCCAGCCUCACCGAGCCCAUGAUCCUCCACUGGGACGAGUCUCUGCCUGAGUCUGGGAGGAGUGACCUAGUCGUUGGCGUGUCUGGCCUGGUACUGGGGGUGAUCUUUGCUGCAGCCGGACUAAUCUUCUACCACAACAGGAGGAAGACGAGUGGUGAUAACAGCAUGUGAAACCCCAGAACCAAACCCCAUCGUCCUGCAUGCUUUCUCCUAGUGUUUUCCUAGGUUGACCUGUUGCUGACAAACCCUGAGGCUGACUUCCACAGUGUAGCAUACAACAAACAAACCUACUUCAGGAGACACUCUUCGCUUGAAUGAUGCAACUCAUGGUCCACCUUUAAUGAAUGAAAUUCAAUUUUACAAAUCCCUCCAAUACUUUUGGAAUAAAUAUAUCUCAAUAACAAAUUAACAUUUAAUGUAGGAGGUGUUAUGCUUUCUAUGUGUCAAGUCUCGAAAUCAAAUAUAGACAAAUGCAUUUGUCAUAUUAUGAGCCACGCCUAUCCAUUAUUGUUUUGGAAACUGCACAAGCUGAAACACAAUGCAGUGCCUUAUGGCAGUGAUUCUCAAUAUUUUUACAUUGCGUACUACCUCAGACAAAAUUUCACUGAAUAUAUAUUCACUAAACUGAGCACCAUGUACCACCAGUGGUAGAUGUACCAUAGUUUGAGAACCAGUGCAUUAUGGGAUACCCCUUUGCUAGGGGAGGCACCAUUGGUGCACAUGGAAAAAGGCCAAUGGUGGGUCCACUUUCACCUACAAUCUUGUAUCUUUGUACUUGGAGAUAAUGUAAACUAAAUAUAAAUUUUGUUAUGAUUCCCACUGUAUGAGGAAGUAUGAAAAAGGAAGCAUGGAAGAUUUAAUUACCUAAGAGUGGAUAGGCAUGUGUGGUUGUAAAAUGUACUGUGUAAAAUAAAAAACAAAUGAAAUCCCAUGAUUAAAGCUUACAUCAGUCUCUUAAGAAGAGUCUGUAUCCAAUAAACAUUCAUGUCAAAUUUAACCACACACAAAAAACGUCCUUCACUGUUUUGGUUUGCUUUUAUUUCUAUUCAUAACUGUUUAGUUGGUUCUUCACUCCUUUGUUUGUAUUAUUUUCAUGCAUUUCUCUUAGAAGAAACAAAGCACAUCCACUAAUAAAGGUUUUGUGAAAUCUCCUGUA